AAAUUAAAAAACUUAAAUACAUCCUUUCACAUUGAUAUUUGUGGCCACCAUUCAAAUCAUUUCUUGUCAUUUCUUUAAUUUGUAAUUUAGUUCUCAUAAAAGUAAACUAUUUAUUUUUCAAAUUUUCCACUAAAAUAAUCGAUCGCCGCCCCAAUAUUAGUCGUUCUCCUACGCUAAAGAGUAGUGGAGAAGACGUUCAAUCCAUUUGUUUUUUUUCCACUGCCAAGAGUGGAGGAGAAGACAUUCAUUGAUUCAUUCCAUUUUGUUUCUCUGCUCUCCCUUGACGGCUCAAUCUGAACCAUCCCAUGCUUUCCCACUUCAGAAUCUCUCCCCUGUCUCCCUCACUCUGUUUUCCUUCCAUUUUCCCUUUCCCCUUCCAAAACCGUGACUCCAUAUCCGUUUCUCCUUAUUUUUUACCCUCUCUCGCAUGUCCAUCACCCACAUAGUUAUGGACUCAUCACCAGACCAGACCCGCAAGAGGAAUCAGAAUCAAACGCUGGCGCAAAAAUCACUUUUCCUCUAUUUUUCUUUCCUCUUCUUCCUCCUCUUCUUUUCCUCCUCGCACCACUCUUUUUACUCCCACACCUCCCUCCAACCCUCUGCUUUCGCCACUCCAUACUCCGCCACCACCAAAUUGCCAGUGUCUCUCUACGUGCACGAUCGUAUUCUCUUCCCUGAUCACGUGCUUCUCACGCUAUCCAACCCACAAGUUUUCCCUCCUCACAAACUCCAUUGCCUCUACUACAUCCUCAUCAACAAUCCAGCUUUGUCGAACCCGGUUUAUGACGUUCUCGUCCGCCCGGUUCUCUCCACGGACCGGUACGACGAAUUCCGGUCCAUCGCGAGGUGUCCGCUUCCCAGCAGAAACUUCUCCGCCGUCGAAUUGAGCUGGCGCGAUGGAGACAAUGAUAACCAGCCUUUCCGGUUCCCGGUUAAACCGACCGCGCAGCAUAGCUUUGACAUGCUAGCGUACGAGGUAGCCUUAGACAACGACACAGCAGUUAUCUUCGUUAAAGGACUAAACCUCCGACCCCACAAAAUUUCCAACGCGAGCCUAUUGCGAUGUCACUUUGGACCUCAAAACGGUGCGUUUUGGUUCACAACAAAAGCCGUUGCGGCGGCACAGGAAGUCGUGCGGUGCGAGCUGCCGCAGAGUAUUCAGAACAAUCCACACAAGGCUCGCGGAAUAAGCGCCACUGUGAGUCACGUGCGGGACGAGGCAAUGAUCCCUUCGGUGGCGAAAAUUGGCGGGUACAGAGAAGAAAUAAACAGAGGUAACAAGAAAAAGAACAAGUUAGAACUUUGCGCCUGUACCAUGGUGUGGAACCAGGCACGUGCGAUGAAAGAGUGGGUUAUGUACCACGCGUGGCUCGGCGUGGAGAAAUGGUUUAUAUACGAUAACAACAGCGACGAUGAAAUUGAUGACGUGGUUCGCGAGCUUGAGGUAAAGGGUUACAAUAUUAAUAGAGUUGCGUGGCCUUGGAUUAAGAGCCAAGAAGCAGGGUUUUCGCAUUGUAGCUUGAGGGCUAAGGAGGAAUGUAAGUGGGUUGGGUUCUUUGACGUGGACGAGUUUUUCUACUUCAACGAAAUGAGGCGAAAUGCUUUGAUAUCAAUUGUUGGAAAUUUAUCCAAUUCGAUUGCGGAAAUAAGGACGGGGUGUCUUAAUUUCGGACCUUCGGGAUUGAGGACUCACCCUAGAAAUGGAGUGAGCGUAGGGUACACGUGCCGGCUUCGGACGCCGGAGAGGCACAAGUCGAUUAUUCGGCCUGAUUUGCUUCAUGUUAGUCUUUUGAAUGUGGUGCACCAUUUUGAAUUAAAGGAGGGUUUUAGAUCGCUUAACAUGCCUCAAUCUGUUGCGGUUAUAAACCACUAUAAGUACCAAAUUUGGGAAAUUUUUAAGGCCAAGUUUUUCAGAAGGGUUGCUACGUAUGUGGUGGAUUGGAAGGAGGAUGCGAACAUAGGAUCAAAGGACAGAGCGCCUGGGCUAGGAACAGAAGCAAUUGAACCGCGUGAUUGGAGGUUGAGAUUUUGUGAGGUUUGGGACACUCGCCUCAGGGAUUUUCUUCUUUCUAGUUUUGCUGAUCGCGAAACAGGCUUGUUGCCCUGGGAAAGGUCUUCUGAAUAAAUACUCUUCUCUUUUUUCUAUUAAAUUAUAGUUUAAUUGUUUCAUCCAAUCUCUAAUUCUCUAUAAGUUUUGGUUCCUGUCCUUACAAAUUAUUCAUUUUAGUAUAAAAUAUACACUUUUAAA